AGAAUAAAAUAUUUAGGCCGUUUGCUUGGCAUUGAUAAAAGAAAUAAAGAAGAUCAGGAUGAAGAUCAACAUUGACAAAGAAUUUAUGGGAUCCACAACCGGUAUAUUGCGGUUAGGAACAAUCGGAUUCGGUGGAGCAGUGUUCGGGACCCUUGCUGCUAACAACCUCCUCGUUCGACCUACCGCGCAUCUACUGAUGUGGAUCGCAGUAUUUGCCUGGUCCAUCAGUACAAUAAUAUUCAUAGCUGGACUUCUCUCUCGCCUGCUAUUCUCUGGCGGUGCAGAAUAUCGAGUUAGCUUCUUAUUCUCUAUUCUCUAUCUGAUUGGUGCAAUUAUGUACGGAAUUUGGGACAUCGACGUGAGGCCAUUCACAGGCAUGGGUGUCCUGGUUUUUGUGUAUGCUGCAAUCAACUUCAUACUCUAUUUGGUGCUUUUCGCCCUACAAUUUUGCUCGAGCGACGUCGGAAGAAAAUGGAAAGAGUCCGCAAAAACUAGAAAAGAAGCAAAGCCAAAGAAAGAAAAGAAACCAAAAAAAUCAACUGACGACAAAAAGGAAUUGAAAGAAGAAAUACAGGCCGAGGAAGGAACAGCUGUCAAUGCUGACGCUGUCGUGGAAAACGGGAAGGAUGAUGAGCCUGAAGCCCAACAAGCUCAACAAGAAGCCGUCGUCGAGCAGAAAGUAGAAUGAAUUGUUUGUAAAGAGGAAGACUAUUGAAAAAUAAUAUAUAUUUUUGAACAUUUCUUGAAUUUGAGUAAUAUGACUCAUAGAAAACGUUAAAUUCCAUUCCAAUGUGUUAAAAUGAAUCAUGCCUGGAAUAUGAUACUAAAAAGAGAGUAAUGUAAUAAACCCCUAGAUAUAUAUUUAGCUUAAUAAAAAUGUCAAAAAGGGAUACAGAAUACGUUUCACUUGGAACAGUUUAAUAUGCUUUAAAGGUGAGAAGAAACUACCAAAAUGUCAAUUUCUUAAAAUAUUUUUACUCGUUCUGAUUUACUCCAAAAUGCUAUUGGGAAGUUUGUGUGGUUUCGGAAUAAUUCUCCGAGUUAACUUUUGAUUAUAACCGUCCAUGACAAUCAAGUUGAUAUCAAAUUAGAUGUGUAUCUGUAGUUAAACGUUUCCCUAAAUUAAGCAUAAAAUUCACGAAAAGGUUGUUUUAUGUGAUUUACUCAUGCAGAUAUUUUUUUCAUUGAUUCGGAUAUCUUGCCCUAUCGUAUAUAUUGUGAUUUUUGCAGUUUUUUAUAUAAAACCAUAGAAUUUUAUUUUCCUGGUAUUCAUUCUCCUUUUUUUGCUUCUAAUUUCAGUUUAUAAACAGGUUUCUGUCUUUUUUAUGAUUAACUCAUUUAAAUGGUAAUACAACAGUUUGAACACAUAUUACAAGACAGUCAUAACGUUUUUGCAAAACGGGCAUGCCGGCAUGCAUAUCAAGUCAAGUCAAGUUUAUUUUUUCCAACCAGUAAAAAGAACGCUUUCUCCUCUGCAUGUAUUUCCUACCUAAAAGUCUAAGGUCAAGUCUGUCACUGACUUAUGGUGAAUUUCACGAUGUAUAAUAGACGGAAUAUGACUGAGGAUAUGGGCCUUGAUUUUCUAGGGUUGAAUCUAAUCUUGUUUUGAAAUUUACCUUGCGUAUGACAAACAACGAAUUUUUUUGUAACCAUCCGGUGUUGUUUUGAUGUUUAGGUAAUAUAGAACAAGUCUACAUGGUAAACUUCCGACUUAACGUUUGAUAAGAUCUAACAUUAUAGUCCAUGAUAAAAAAAAAUAGGUAUGGGCCAUUGCAAAUAUACGGCUCAAUAUCAGGAAAAAUGAGUCUCAUUCGCUAAUUUUUUUGUAUCGUUACGUGCUUUGAACGCCAUCUUCGAUUAUUUUAUUAAAUUUAUAAAAGUGU